AUGUCGCCCCGUGGCAGCAAGUGCACGCGCCUCAACGCCAGAGCCACGUCGAAAUCGAGAUCUACCGCAGCUGUCCGCGGCGCUAAUAGUCAUCAUCAAACGAACCAUCAUCAUUAUGAGCAACGGCAUCGACAAACGGAAGAGGAGGAGACGGAGGAGGCCGCGGACCUGGCCAACGAAGAGGAAAGAACGGUUAAGAGUGACGAAUCGUCUGCGGUGGCAGCGUGCGAGGGUCGAUCGUCGUGGGCGGCGCGCAUGCGCCAGCCCCUGGAGAGUAGCCUCGAGCCCCGUGAAAACAGCACCCUGGUGCAACGAUGGCCGACUAGCAGGCAACGCCGCCGCGAUCGGAUUCGAGCCGUCACCGAGGACGAUCCGAACCAGGGAGAUGGCACCGUGUCCUCGUCCACGUCCUUGUCUUCGCCAGCAGCGUCCUCCUGCACGGACGCGUCGUCCAGAAGGUCUACCUCGCCUCCGUCAAGCAUCUCGUCGCCAGCACACUCCACCUCGUCCACGUCCACCAGUGCUGUCUCCCGGGAAAAUCAUUCGCGCAAGGACAACGAUCAAAGAAAUGACCGAACGAACGAAGAAACGAGUACGGUGGACGCGAGGAGGUACGGUAACGAUGUACAUCAAGAUAGAAUCAGAAAGAGGAAACAAGAGAGACAGUGUUCGAUCAGAGCACGUAGUGUCAGAGAGGUGAUCACGGAGAAAUCGUCGACCACGACGGCGUCAACGUCGUCCACUUGUGUUCCUACUUCUUCCAUAGUCUCUUCCUCUUCGCCGUUCUCCUCCUCUGUCUCCACCACCUCCGACAAGGUCACCGAGCAGUCGACGCAAGGCAGUCUAAGAGGCUGCCCUCCGGUCCCUCAUUCAUCCGUUAUCGAGAGCCUGAGGAACGCUCUGGAAAGCUACGACCGCAGUAGAAUCUACCUCGCACAUGUGUCCUUCCUGGAUUGGCGGGACCUGCCUGGACGACGACGCGCCACCUCCACAGCUGGCGAUUCCGAGAGGGUGUGGGUGGUGGGGGCGGCGGAUCACGAGGGUCACCACAGGACGCGACUGCUGGUAACCGGCCGCCAUUGGCGGCCACGUUGCCUCAGACGAGUCAACAUGCUCAGCCAGCCUGUCAUCUACGCUGGUGGUGGCAGAGGUUCUCUCACGGUAGAUCUGUUCCUAUGGUGGUUCCAUCGGGAGUUCGCCGUGACAGCGAUGGCCAUGCAUCCUGACGGUGCUGUGUUGGUCGCUGAGACCGCGGACUACUUGCCACCGGAGGCUGACUGCGUCGCUGCCGAUGGACUAGUCAGGCUGUUCGUCGUACCAAAAGAUUGCCUCGAGAUGAGGAUCGUGGUACGAGAGUUGAGAAUCCGGCUGGCAACGGGAGUUCUUUCCAGAGCCUGUUACGGUGUCUACCGGAAGAUCUCCAAUUCUUCUAACAAAGAGACCGAUUCGCUGACCGCGUAUCUGAGAAGAUUCACCUUGAAAGAAGCUUUCGCCGACCUUCACAGAGCCUGGUUAAGCGUCAGGUCAGAGACGUUCGCGAGAAGUUGGAUCCUGCCGCGAGAUCGCGACGAUUCCUCCAUCGGUUGUCCCAACAACGUCGUUGGUCUCGCUUUGUCCUCGCGGAUACACGUCGCGUCUGAUCAGGAGGAAGACAGGAUGCUUCUGAUCGAGCUGCAGAACGUCGCGCGGGAAGUGGGUCUGGAGGUCAGCGACGACGAACUGAGCAAGUGGAUCCUCGAGGACGAGAGUAACAACAGCAGCAACGCCAGCGAGGCUUGGUGCGUCAGGAAGAAGGAGCUGGAAGAGGAUCAUUGCCGCGCGGUGAAGAUCGAGGUGGAAGAGAAGUGGGCCGAUUACGAGGGCGGGAAGCAACAAGGGACAGACGAGGAGGACGACGAGGAAGAGGAGGAGGAUGAAGACGAGCCUACCGCGGAAGAGACCGUCGGUCUACUGUCGAGGGUGCUGACUUGGAUGGAGCGGGAGCCUCUCGAUCCAGGACUAUUACUCGCCGUCAGAUCGAUGCGCGAUACCGCCGCACUCAUGGCGAGCAAGAUGGGUCUAGCGGGUACGCAUCCGAGCGGUUUGCCCUUCUUCUGCCCCAAUGGGGACCACCUGACUCAACCACCGCCUGCUCAUAUGGGAAUCCCACCAUACGGGACGCUCGAUGCGGGCAAAGCAGCCGCAGCAGCAGGUGAGUACCUAAAUAUCGCCUUUAAAUUGAAUAUCCCGACAGGUUCAACGAUGAUGUCCUCGCUGUUUCUUCUUUUCCUCUUCUAUUUUUUUCUUUCCGUUUUUACAGCAAUAUGUUGA